AACAUUUACAAGCUUUUGCAUGCAUGCUCCUCACAGAAGGCGUGGGUGAUUGCUGGAAGACGAAGGCAGAGUGGAAAAGGAGGACACUUGCAGCUGGAGUGAACGGUGCAAGAAUGCCUUGUGGCAUGUUGUGUGCACGCACGGACACACUUCAGGAGUGAGACGUCUGUCCAAAGGUGUAGUCCUCCUCAGACUUGCAGAUAUGGGACUCGGCUUACCCCGGAGGUGGAUUUUCCGAUGCUGGAUGGCGUGCGCCCUUGUCACCUUUUACGCACAGAACGCUGCCUCCAAGUCGUUUCCAUGCGGGGACCAGCAAUAUCUAAAAGGCUCAAAAUGCUGCAACAAGUGUAAACCAGGUUUCCGCGUGUUUGCGGAGUGCAAUGAAUCUCAUCAGACAAAAUGUGUUAAAUGUGGUUAUGGCGAGUACCAGCCCUUCUGGACCCAGGAGACACGCUGCCUCCUGCAAAGGAUUUGUGAUGCAGGUAAAGGUUUCAUGUCCCGGCCAGAAAAUCUGGAGGCUGAGGAGCCUUGUCGCUGUCUUCCCAACUACCAGUGCUCUCCCAUCAACUGUGAGUUUUGUGAAAAGGUUCCCACGUGCCGACCCGGUUACGGACUGGAGGUGGAGCCAGAGCCCACAAACGGCCUAAAGAUGUGUGUUGCGUGUAAAAAGGGAUUCUUCUCUGCUGACGACAACAACACCAAACAAUGCAAACCAUGGACAAACUGUAAGGCGGAAGGCAGGAGUGAGACACGAGCAGGCAGCGCUCACUCUGAUGCGGUGUGUGGACCACCUGUUUCGAGUGCCGCCCCUUCCUGGGUGAUAGUGUCAGUGCUGUCCGUCAUAACCGUCCUUUGUCUCCUCAUCCUCAUCCUCUUCUGCUACAAGGACAAACUCAAGUUACUCUCGGUUAAUCUGCGAUCAUGCGUUCAGAAUCUGAAAAGGACGAGGAUACAGCAGGAGACAUUGGCCCCUCUUUACCAGAGUGGGGCAGCAGGGGGUCUCAAAUACAUCCCGUGUCAGACCACCAAACUGUUGGGCCAAGCCCCCCACGCCCUUGAUGGCGAUCAGCCCCCUUCGAUCCCCUGUACCACCGUCUCACUCCCUCACACACAGCAAAUGACCAAAAAGGAAGGCCUGCAAAGGGAAAUGGCGAUGGAGGAACUGAGUGAAGGGUCCGGGGGUCCAGAGGAGGUGUCUGAAGAAGAGGAACUCACAAGUGUUUCUCCUCUAUUGGCUGCUUCUUGUGUGUGCAGCGUCCCGAUCAAGGAGCCUCUGGAAGUAGGAGAGAAUGAAGAUUGCAGCCAAGCUGUCAGUCCUGGGACCCCCGGGGUUUGCUCUUGUGGGGGUCUACACACAGAAGGUGGAGGGGAAAAGGAGAGUGUUGCGUCUCUUGUCUCCUUUUCACCGCCUCUCCACCGUGCUUCCUCAGUGACUCCUGCGUCCAGCUCUCUUCCUGAGCUCUGCCUGCCGCUGGGCAAGGCUCUUACGAGGCCAGAGGUCAAGGGUCACUUUAAAGACAUGUCCCCUGUGAAGCAGAAGGGAUAUUACAGACUGGCAAGCACGGACUCCGCAGAGAACAGCAAGCCUUCCUCGGUUAGCCUCUUAAAGACCUCCUCCUCUAUUGGAGACCUCUACUCCGAGCAGGGGACCUCCUGGGGGGACAGCAGAGGAAACACGCUCCUGUCUGGAGACAUAGAGCUGAAGUGUCCCCCUCCUGGAAGCCUACAGAGUCAGCUGGCUGAACCAACUCUUACCUCAGGUCAGGUGUCGGGCAACAACAACACCACCUUCAUCUCCAGCGGCCAGGUGGUGAACUUCAGCGGCGACGUCAUCGUUGUCUACGUCGGUCAGACGUCCCUCGGCAGCGACGACGACGCGUUGGACGACGGCUUUGGGCGUCCGGUGCAAGAACAGGCCAGUGACACCGCUCCCUUUUUCCAGAGUGGUAGUUGCCUAAGGUCAGAGGGGGACAAUGUUACCCAGAAGCCCUUGCCGGACGACACGCUGCAGGCCCAAAAAGCCACAGAAUAGUUGAGAAGCACUCAGCCCAGUGCAUGACGGAUAACCUUAAUCGGCAUCAUGUUUUUAUUAUUGAAUGGAAACUUCAAAGGGGUUGUGGUACUAAUAAAACGGAUUAAUUUUCACUUUUGCUGAGUCUCUUACAAAACCUAAUUGUUAUAAAAUCAUCAAAGUACAUAUUUGUAUUCCAGCUAAAGAAAUUUGGUGUUUCUCAGAGUAACUUACUUACUUGGAGAAUAUAUUAUAUAUAGAAAUACAUUUUAUAUAAAUACAAUAAAGAGACACAUCCAUUUUUGGUACGACGCUUGUAUGAAGACUUUUGUUUAUAUUGCACCAAAUGUGCAGUUACUCUUGGGGGGAAAAAAAUGCUGUGCAUUUGAUAAGCUAUUUUUUGUAUUGAAUAUAGAAAUAUAUAUAUUUCAGUAUGUUUCCACAUGCAAGCUUUAAUGAAGAUGAGAAGUUGUUUAUAUUAUAUUGAUUAGUUUGAACCAAAAACAAAAUGUAUAUGCAGUACUUUGUUGACCCGAUUAUAAGACGACCAUGAAUAUAAGACAACUGCUUUUUAGGACUAAAUGAAACUUUUCUUACCUUCCAACUGUUGAGAAAGCCAGGCCCUUUGUAUGUGUGAGUGACAGGAAGAAAUACUCGGACGUACUUUGGGAGAGGUUAACACCACUUUGCAUUUAUAAAUAUUUACACCCUGGAUAUAUAUAUACAGUCGUAGUCAAAAGUUUACAUACACUUGUAAAGAGCGUAAUGUCAUGGCUGUCUUGAGUUUCCAAUGAGUUCUACAACUCUUGUUUUUUUGUGAUAGAGUGAUUGGAGCACUAAUAUGUGGUUACAUGUCCCUUGGCAAGUUUCACUGCAAUAAGGCGCUUAUAGCAAGCUUCUGGUUGAAUUUUUGACCACUUCUCUUGACAAAAGUGGUGCAGUUCAGCUAAAUGUGUUGGUUUUCUGACAUGGAUUUGUUUCUUCAGCAUUGUCCACACGUUUAAGUCUGGCCUUCGGGAAGGCCACUCUAAAACCUUAAUUCUAGUCUGAUCUGACAUUAAAUGGACAAAGAUAAGACCUUCUGGAGCAGGCCUAGGCAAAUAUUUUGACUCGAGGGCCACAUUUAGGGAAAACAUAUGUCUGGGGGCCGGUAUAUCUUUUUUUAAGAACACUUAUUCAAAACCUCACUAUAAUGUCUGAUUGAAUGCUAAAAACGUUAUGACAGACCGCCUUAAAAAACGUAAUGGGAUUUUAAAUUUUUCUAUGAACGAUAAAACACUGAAUAUUCACAAAAUAUAAACAUCACCCCCCUUCUCAAUCUACAUAUUUUAAGUGAAACGCAACAAAAAUGCAACAGUGAAAUAUGAAUGCGAAGGGUACAAAAUAAACCCACCUACAAUCUGAUAUAUCUGAUAUAUCACUAAACUUUAGAACUUUGUCGUGAAAAUCUCCUUCCGCGUCAGAGGAAACACUCCCCAUCCACACUGCUUGGUGCCUCAUCUGAGCUGCUGUGACAUAGAUGACCAUAGUCACUAAUUAGACUACCAUAGUAACUAAUUAGAUUACCAUAGUUAGAUUACCAUAGUAACUAGUAUAUCAUCCACAAGCUAAGAUUCCAAACAUUGAAAUACUUUGUAUAGUUCAAGACUUACGGUUGUUAGAAAACAUGACUGCACAUCAUAAUGGCAGCUACACUUUCCACCUUAAAGAUCUAAAAAAAAUAUUUGGGAAUGUCCGGCGGGCCGGAUUGAAAAGCUUAAAGGGCCGCAUGUGGCCCCCAGGCCUUAAUUUGCCCAGGUCUGUUCUGGAGGAAAGUUCUGAGGUCAGAUGAAACAAAAAUUGAGCUGUUUGGCCACGAUACCCAGGCUAACUAAAGUGCCUUAUUGCAGUGAAACUUGCCAAGGGACAUGUAACCAAAUAUUUUGAGCCCCUGAUUUGAUCACAUUUUCAGUAGACCCAUAAUAAAUUUAAAAAAGAACCAAACUUCAUGGAGGUUUUAUGUGGACAACAAGUAUGUGCCCCAAUUACUCUAUAACAAAAAAAUAAGAGUUUUAGAAAUGAUUGGAAACUCAAGACAGCCAUGACAUUAUGUUCUUUACAAGUGUAUGUAAACAUUUGACCACAACUGUGUGUAUGUGUGUAUAUAUAUAUAUAUAUAUAUAUAUAUAUAUAUAUAUAUAUAUAUAUAUAUAUAUACGUACACAACAGGCAUCACCAUCUUAUAUUUGUCUUAUAUUCAGGUCAACACGGUCAUUGUUUCCAUGUAUGUGUGAUGAUCAUAAUGAUAGCAGCAAUGGAUGACGAUAUGAAUAUUUUUGACUGAAAUUAAAAUGUUUUGCAUCUAA